AUGGAUACCGACAUUGCCCACGACUUCUCUCCAUUCUUCGUAGUCCACAAAAAUGGCACCAUCAAGAGACUCAUGGGCAGCAGCCCAAUCCCCGCACCCCAAACUCUAAACGGCGCCAAAACAAAAGACGUCACCGUUUCAUCAGACCCCAAAAUCACCGUCCGUAUAUUUCUCCCGGAAUCCGCUUCACCGGGACAAAAGCUUCCCGUGGUCUUCUACAUCCACGGCGGCGCAUUCACUAUUGAGUCCGCUUUAUCAAUAGCCUACUCCAGCUACGUGGCAUCCGUGGCUUCAAAAUGCAAUGCCAUCGCUAUUUCGGUUGAUUACAGGCUCGCCCCUGAAGCCCCCAUUCCGGCGUGUUAUGAUGAUUCAUGGGAAGCCCUCAAAUGGGUCGUUUCCCAUGUUGCCGGGUCGGGACCCGACCCGUGGAUAAACGAACACGGUGAUUUUACCCGGUUUUAUGUAGCUGGGGACAGUGCUGGAGCCAAUAUAGCCAAUACCAUCGCGAUCUGGGUGAGUACUAAGGGGCUGGGGUGUGAUGUGAAGAUUUCGGGUAUGAUUUUGGCGUGUCCGUUUUUCGGACAUGAGGUGGAGCUGGAUAAAAUUUGGAAAUAUUGUUGUUGUGAAGAAACGGGUGUUAAUGAUCCGAGAUUGAACCCGGCGGCGAGUCCGGAUUUGUUGGCAAAGCUUGCGUGUGAAAGGGUGCUUGUUUUCACGGCGGAGCGUGAUUUUUUGAGAGAGAGGGGUGUGACUUAUUACAAGGCGUUGGAGAAGAGUGAGUGGAAAGGAGAAGUGGAGAGUGUUGAGACGGAAGGUGAAGAACAUGUGUUUCAUUUGAUCAAGCAAGAUUCUGAGAAGGCCGGGGAUGUCAUGGAAAAGAUAAAUUCUUUCAUCAACCAUAAGUGA